AUGAGCGACUUGGGUCACUACUCCACCGAUAUGGCCUCCUCCGCGGGCAUCACCUUGCGCCUCUGCGAGCUGGCUUCUCGUGACCAGAGCGCUCUGCGUCUGGCGGACUACCUACAGGCCGGUUCGUCCUACUCCGUCAAAAAACCGGAUGCCCCGAAAAGAAGAGGGCGAAUGACCUGUCUGGCCCAGGGCCAGCUUCAAGCAUCUGCAGUCGUUGGAGGAGGAGUGCGAGCUUUUGCUGCGGGUGACCUCAUUGUGGGCGACCUGAUCCCAGUCAUGUCCUGUUCACCGUUUCUUAACGCACAGACACGAAGAUGGAUACGAGGUUGGUUCUUCAUUUUUUUCAUGUGA